UAUUGAUCAUAAAAUGAAACAUGACAUUAAGAGAAGAAGAGUUCUUCUUGAGAGAAACUUUGUACUCACAAGAGGAUUUCAUCGUUUGUUGGUAUCAUGCGUUAUUUUUUCUGGGAUUUAUAAAUAUUGGAGAUCCCAAUACCCUAAAGAAUAUCGUUCAGAUGAAGAGGAGAAGAUUGGAAAGAACCCGAUGACCAUGAGAGUAUUAUUAACCAGAGUUUCAGGAUACGUGAAAUCCACUUUCUUCUAUCAGUUUACUCAAUCUGAAAGUCAAGAAGUGUUUUUGCCUGAUAUUAAAACUCCAGAGAAAGUAGAAGAGGAGCCUAAUUCCUCACAGAAGGAAGAAUAGAUAUUUAUAA